AGCUGGGGGAUUGCAUAACCUCGUACCACCACGUACGAAACCGAUAGGAGCGGAGGGUGAGACGACGCGAUCGACGUGGGCAGCAAAUUAAAGAUGCAGAUCUUCGUGAAGACGCUGACGGGGAAGACGAUCACGCUGGAGGUGGAGAGCAGCGACACCAUCGACAACGUGAAGGCGAAGAUCCAGGACAAGGAAGGCAUCCCGCCGGACCAGCAGCGGCUCAUCUUCGCCGGGAAGCAGCUGGACGACGGCCGCACCCUGGCCGACUACAACAUCCAGAAGGAGUCGACGCUGCACCUGGUGCUGCGCCUCCGCGGCGGCAGCAGGGGCGGCUACCCCACGACCAUCUCGCCCAGCCUCCGCGAGCUCGCGCAGAAGUACAACGAGAACAAGAUGGUCUGCCGCAAGUGCUAUGCACGGCUUCCGCCCAGGGCAACCAACUGCCGCAAGAAGAAGUGUGGCCACACCAACGCGCUGAGGUCAAAGAAGAGGUUCAUGUCUAAGAUUGGUGGAACAAAUAAAUGAGCGUUGGAGAGCCUUGUCAUGCAUCAGUUAGGAAUUUUGGGAUGCUAUUUUACUUUCCUUUGCUUUUUAUGAAUAAAGUUGUGGUAGGAGAAAGUGUGCUACUCUUGGUUAAUAAGAUGUUUUUAUAUAAAUUAUUAUUACUAUUAUUGUUAUAUUCAUUGGUUA